CUCCUGACCUCAGGUGAUCCACCCGCCAUGGCCUCCCAAAGUUCUGGGAUUACAGGCAUGAGCCACCGCGCCCAGACUGAAUUUCUAAUCCAUGAAGAAUAGCUCUUUGGAGGGAGAUGAGGGGUGCAGAAGUGUCUGUAGGAGCUCUUGCUGCUUCUAUACCUAGAAUCAACUCCAUUUCCCCAUUUCCCAUACAAACAGGUUUUCUUUAUUAACAUUUUUCCCAUUUGUGAAGCUCUUUCCCAUUACCCAGUUAGGACAAAUAAGUGAGAACCAUUGUCACUUCAUAAAGGAGGAAAUAGAGUUAAGAAGUUAAAUGACCUGCCCAAAGUAUUGGCCUUGAACUCUGGUGUUCUCCAUGGGAGUCUGGGUUACCUAUUAAAUACUGCACCAGGACACUGCUGGGAAUGGUGAGUGGCAGUGGCCCCAUGAUCAUUGGAGAGGGACGAAGCAGGAAAUAGUUGUACCACACAACCCAUUUAGGUGGCAUAUUAUCAACAAUGGACUUCCAGAUAAAGCUGACAAACAUUGGGGAGCUCCCUUUAUCUUGGACUGACAGCUAGAGACAGCCCAGAAGGGGAAACCCCACCCUAGGGCGUGACGAUGCAGGAAUUCUGGGGGUCUCGUUGGCUUUGGCUGGUCCCAGAGCGGGUCAGUGGCUGGUCAGCAGGUGGCGUGGGCACAGAAGUGAUGCUUUCUUGGGGAGAAGGAGAAGGCUAACCGCCUUUUCAAAGCUCGGGCCUGAGAUGAGGUAGCAGGGAGAGGAUAAAACUACAAAUCCCAGAAGUCUUUGCUCCCAGGCGAGUCGGGGGCGGUUUCCAUGGUUUCAGAAAACAAUAUGGCCGCUCCCAGUUGGGACGUGAGUCUCUGGAUUAGGCAGGCAGAGGCAGUUAUGGGUUCCUACAGUGGCGAGAGAGAAAGCGCUUGAAGGGUCGAGAGGCUGUGGCUGAACGCGGCACCACUGGACGGCCAGCCCUUGAGGACGCCAAUGGAGAGCAGCGUGGAUGAGGAGGCGCUGCACCAGCUGUACCUGUGGGUAGACAACAUCCCUCUGUCCCGGCCCAAGCGAAACCUCUCCAGGGACUUUAGUGAUGGAGUCCUAGUUGCAGAGGUCAUCAAGUUUUACUUCCCCAAGAUGGUGGAGAUGCACAAUUAUGUCCCUGCCAACUCUAUCCAGCAGAAGCUCAGCAACUGGGGUCAUCUGAACAGGAAGGUACUGAACAAGCUGAACUUUUCAGUACCAGAUGACAUGAUGCGCAAGAUCGCUCAGUGUGUCCCUGGAGUGGUGGAGCUGGUGCUUAUCCCGCUGAGGCAGCGCUUGGAGGAGCGGCAGAGGCACAGGAAGCAGGGCGUGGGCUCCUUACAGGAGCUGGCUCCCCAGGAUGGCAGUGGCUACAUGGAUGUGGGUUUAUCACAGAAAGCCCGAGGUGAAGGUGCCCUGGACCCCCAGGGAGGGGGUCAGCUCAGAGGGGACCCUCCGCCCGCGGGUCGGCCUCCAGCGUAUAACCAGGCGUUGCAGGACGACCCAAGGUUCGUCCUCCAGAUCGCCGAAAAGGAGCAGGAGCUAUUGGCCUCGCAGGAGACCGUACAGGUCCUGCAGAUGAAGGUGAGGCGCCUGGAGCACCUGCUCCAGCUCAAGAACGUGCGCAUCGCAGACCUCUCCCGGCGGCUCCAGCAGGCCGAGCGUAAGCAGCGAUGAGCUGUGGCCCAGGCCGCGCGGGGACGCCCCGUACCCUCCAGAGCUCCGAUGCCGCGCCCGACCCACCCACUAACGGAGGGGCGUUUGGGAGGGUGGAGCCCGCUGCUCGCACGAGCCUCUUGGGGCCCGAGUGCCCUCCUUCCUUGGGAUGGGUGAGCGUGGGAGAAUGUGGAACAGGGAGCCGAACGAGCCGAGGCCCGGGACUGAGCCGCCUCCUCCCACUCCAUCCGGGUCAGGAAAAUGGACUGCUUUCCAGAGCCCAAAAGCCCCGUGCAGAGACCUGGCCUGCCCCCCAAAGUAGUGUCCAACACCUCGGGCCGGCCUUGCAGCUCCUGGCGCUGGGCCUUAGGGGGCAGUCCCUGGCUCGGUCCACACCCCCAGAAUCAGGUCCUUGCCCAGCUCCGAGGACUGCGGUGUCUCCAUCCAGGAUAGUUCCCCUCAACCAAAGGGCCGCUAAGGGGCUCCCCUGCUCUUCCUGGGAGCUUACCUGGACCCAGCUCGGCGACGGAGACCGCAGCAGCUGGAGAGGAAGGGGUGAGAAGUGGGAUCGCCAGGAGUAGGGAGGACAUCGACUUGCCUGUAGCAGUCACCCCACCCUCCUCGCGCACAGGCUACUGAAGGGAAGGUUUGAAGGAUACGGCUCAGGGCUGCCCCAUUAAAGUUACUGUUUUGUUCUA